AUGGCCGCGAACUUCCAGUUCCCUGUGCAGCAGACGACUGGCAACCACCUUGCGUACAAAAGCCACGUGAAGAACCUUUGUGUGGACAUCGUGCAGUCCGAUGAGAAGCCGUGCUCUGUGUCGGAGGACUGCUCGGCCUUGACGGACUACGAGUGUUGGCAGCUCUAUGACUCGAAGGUCCAGGAGGUGCCCGGGGGUGUCGAGAUGCAGUUGGAUGGCCACAUUAGCUGGAUGUCCUUCAUCGGCUGCGGCGAGGGCACCUGCCCUUGGUGCACGAACUAUCGGAGCUGUGUGGGGCCCAUGGUGGAGACCAACAGCUUGGAGGUCCUGGCAGGCAAUUGCAUCAUUUGGGAGUACAACACCCAAGGCAGCGCAGAUGCCUUCGAGAUCUUCGUUGGUGCCUUCAACACCUCGCAGCUGCUGAACUCCUCGCUGCAGCGGGGCGACCUGCGGCUGGAUUGGUCCUAUGGCCAACUGGCCUUUCCCAGCGACGACCUCGUGUUCCUUCGCCUCUUCCUGGCCUCCUACGACGCCAGCGGCGGCGGCUUGGUGGGCGCCACCCUGCGGGUCCGCUACCUCCGGACGGCGCCAUGCUUGGAUGCUGAAACCCUACUGGCAGGGCCUCCGGCCUCCACGACCAGUAGCACUGUCGUCACGAGCUCAUCCACCUCCAGCUACACCAGCUCUUCCACCUCCUUCACUGACACCAGUAGCAGCAGCUCCAGCAGCAGUACGACGUCCACGUCCAGCACGUCCAGCAGCUCCUCCAGCUCCACCGCGUCUUCAAGCUCCACAAGUAGCAGCUCCACAAAUUCCAGGUCCACCACUUCCCAACGCCUCACUAGCUCCAGCACGACCUCCACCGUCUCCUCCACGAGCACGACGAGACCGGGCAGCGGAGCAGCGCAGGCCGCGGAGUGCAGCACGGGGAUCUCGGACUUUCUCUUGGUGGUUUUGGCCCUGGGCGCCUUCUUCCUCCUGCUGCUCCUCACGGCCUUGUGCCGAAGAGAAGCACCCAACUCCUCAAAGGCGGUGGUGCCUGAGGGGAAGCUCGAGGUUCUGAUGCAAGUGCUGCGGAGCUUUGGCCUGGAGGACUCAGAAGAUCUCAAGGCGGAGCUGGAAGCAGCCAACGUUUUUAGGAAAGAGCUGGAGGAGAUGAGGCGCCAGUUGAAGGCUGCAGAGGCCACCGAAGCGGAGCUGACCUCGCUUCGGCAGCAGCACUUUGCCCUGCAGCACCGGCUGAUGAACGAAACCAGGCUACGGGAGGAACUGAGCCGCUGCAUGGACAGCUUGCCCUCACCACAAGGCGGGCGGCCGCGAGAAAUGAACAACGGCACCUUGGCUUGCCUUGGCGUCUAUGACCACAUUACUGUCGGAAAUGCAGAGGACCACGAAGUGCGACUGCUGGCAAAAGAAGCUGCAGAAGCGUUCGAUUGCUGUGAUCAAGUCGUGGUGGACUGCCGGGGACACCUGCUGGGACGCUUAGCCUCGGUGCUCGCCAAGGAGCCGCGGAAGCGCGGCGCGUCUCGGGAGGGGCCGGCCGAGCGUUUCGCCUGGCCUAUAGGAGCUCCUGAACGGGCAGAACGUGGUGUGCGUGCCGGGAGCCCGGGAGCCAGACGUUCAGCUGGUGGUUUGAAGAGAAGCACUCUGCACAUGAUGCGGGCAGAGGACAUCAACAUCAGUGGAUCCUUGUACCGCAACAAGCUGAAGUACGCAAACUUCAAGCGGAAGCACAUGAACACCAACCCUCGGCAGGGCCCCUUCCACUUCCGAUCGCCGGCAAAGAUCCUGUGGCGCACGGUUCGUGGCAUGGUGCCCCACAAGACGGCGAGAGGCGCGGCAGCGUUGGACAAGUUGAAGACCUUCGAGGGCAUUCCGCAUCCUUAUGACCGCAAGAAGAGGAUGGUGGUGCCCGGGUGCCCAGCAGCAGCUGCCAUGCCGGCCAUGAUCCAGAUCGUGGGACAUGAGAGGCUAUCGCCUAGCUGCUUGAAGGUCCUGCGCUUGCGACCGGAGCGCCGCUUCUGCCGCCUGGGCGACCUCUCCAAGGAGGUGGGUUGGAAGCAUGGUGCCUUGAUCCAACGCUUGGAGAGCCAGCGAAAGGUGAAGAGCGAGGCCUUCUAUAAGAAGAAGGCCAGAGAAUCUGAAGGAUUGGAUCCACAGAAUAUCCUCUUAGAAGGUGAUGCGGCCACCCACCGACAACGGACGAAGGCACCGCUUCGACCGGACCGUGACGCGCGGGGCUUCGUCAUGGUUCGUUGCGGAGAGCCUCCCGAAAACGAUCCCAGGGGCGGGGCCCUGGCCGCCGUGAAGCUCUCGAGCGAUGAGCAGAAGGUCUUGGAAGCCGCUGGGGGCGCAUCUCCGCCUUCUUCCGCUCGCAACGUCCCCGCCGCGCCGGGAACCGCGCUGGCCGGCGCGCUCCCGGAAGCGUUUCCCGUCGCCUUCUGGGGAUGGCCUACUUGGGUGAAGCGAAGAAGCGGCGGUGGCAAGAGCUACUGCAUCAACUCCAAGAGGCGACCGGGGGGCGCGACCGGCGGCGACCUGCGCGGGAUGCUGUUGGACGAGGAGCUGGAGAAGCAAUCCACGCGUUUGGAGCAUUUGGAAAAGAUUGAAGCGAGCGCUAAGCUUGAGAGGGUGGACUCAGACUAUGGAGCCCAUUCCGCAGCAAUCACCUUCACUGGCAUGAAGAGCUAUGCCAUCCCAGCACAGGACAACAGUCGGAAGUUCUUGUCGACGGCUCGGCAGGGUGUUUCGCGGAUGUUCCGCUCGGAGCGCAGCAACUCGCAGACCGACGUGCCGCUGACCGCGCAGCCCUGCUACGUGAUUAACCCUGAUGGCUGCUUCUAUCGCAGGAUUUGGCACAGCAUCAUGCUUUCCGCGUCUGUCUACGUGGCCUUAAUCACCCCGGUGCAGGCGUUUGCCCUGGGGAUGAUGGAGGUGUCCUUCUUCUUGGUCUUGGGCUUCGCCAUCGACGUGGCCUUCAUCGCUGACUUGAUCUUCACCUUUUUCGUCCAGAUCCAGGUGCAAACUGCCACGGGCGUCAAGCGGGAGAGCAGCUUGAGCAGGAUCGCGAUGAACUACAUCAUGGGCUGGUUCUUUUGUGAUCUGUUGGUGGUGAUGCCUUUCGAUCUCAUAGGCUUCUUCCUGGGCGUGGCUGGGGAAAGAGCCAUCCGUCUGCUGUGGAUGUCGAAGGUCUUACGCCUGGUCAAGCCUUCCAGGCUCUUCGCAAUGAUCCGGGUGCCGUACUCCAUCCAGCACCAGCAGCAAUGGAUGCUCCUACGAUUCCUGGGGUUCCUGCUUCUGUUGUGUCAUUGGUUCGCUUGCCUUUGGUGCUUAGCCCUUCCUCUCAUCGACCAGGAGGUUCCCAAAUGGAUUGAUGAUCAAAAUGGGCUGCGAUUGGAGCUUCAAGGGAGGCCGCUGAACCUGGUGGAAACCUAUAUGUGGGCCUUCUAUUUCUGCAGUUAUACCAUGACCUCCGUGGGCUACGGCGACAUCGGGCCGAAGAAUGAGUUGGAAGUCGCCCUUUGCACGUCCAUGGUGAUUUGCACUGGGUUCGGCUGGGCUUAUGUCCUGGGCCAGAUUUGUGCCAUCGUCGCGGACAUCAAUGAGGACAGUCAAGCCUUCCGCAUGCGAAUGCAUCAUCCCAACCUGAUGAUGGACAAAGAGCGCUUGCCCGAGCAACUGCGACAGCGACUCCGGAAUUUCUUCCUGCAAAACCGUACACUGGCACAGCACUUGAACAACCAGGAGUUGUUGAACAGCAUGAGUCCACAGCUGCAGUCGGAAGUGUGUUUCGCCUCGAACUUGGAAUGGCUUCGAAAGGUCAGUUUCUUCGAUGACUUCAUUCGGCACUUCGAGAAGAUGGAGAGGAGUGGUAUGCCGGUGCAAGCCUAUCACGGCUGCAUCGCCGAAGUGGCCAGGAGAUUGGAAUGCAUUGCCUUCGCACAGGAGGAGCACUUUGAAACAGCACAGGUGUUGUGCAUUCUUUCGAAGGGGCUUUGCAUCAUCAACACGCAGCUCCAGCGGAAAGGCGACGUGUGGGGCGAGGACUUCGUGCUGUCCGACCGAAGCUUGGUGCGUUCGAAGCGGUGCCACGCCAUGACGUACAUCGAGGUCCUGAACUUGAGCCGGAAAGCCUUGAUGGAGAUCAUCGACGACAAGAGGUUCAUUUGCCCAAAGUUUGGCGAGAUUAUUCACGCCUUCCGGCGACGAUUGGCGGCGCAGCGCGCCAUCCUCUUGGAGGCCAAGCGCCGAAGGAAGAACGAGUCGCCACGAGGCCACACGGUGCAGCCGCUGUGA